AUGACAGGUCCGAUCGACCGGUCCAUGGGUAGAAAAAAGGCCCCUGCGAACGGCUUAGUCGUGCUUGGCCGGACGGGCCACUGCCGCCUUCUACUGCAGUCACGGACGGACGUCUCCGGCAUCAGCAUCGGCAUCGGCAUCGGCGUCGGCAUCGGCAUCGGCAUCAGCACUGCUGCUGCUGCUGCUGAAACUAGUUGGCAGCAGUUCUUUCAGCACUAA